ACCCACCACGCGCGCCGACAAUGCCAAGCCUCGAAGACAUUACAUACUCGCGCGACGAGACCGUCGCCGCCGUCCGCGAUUAUUACCAGUUUCUCACCAAGAUGUACUUGGAUGAGACGUAUAUCAUUGAGCCACCUCCAGAAGGCUGGGCACACAUCACCAACCGCCAUUCCACUUUGGACAAGUCGAAGGAAGUCAUUAAUCUGCUCCGACAUCUUCCCUACAUCAAAUCCACCCUUGACAGCACCGUCGACGCAGAAGGUGCUCCUGAUUGCACCUUCGCCGACUGGCAGGACAUUUUCCAGCGCGCAUCGGAUCGCAGGACUAUCACAAUAGGCACGGAGGACUCUGCAAUCAGCCACUACAUUCCCAAACACGUCGUCGGCCUCACGUGCGGUGGGCGUCACAGCCCCAGGUUCCUACUCGAUGUCAAGCUCGGCAUUGUGCAGUGGUAUGAGUGUCCCGGACAGAUGAGCGACAACGCGAGCCGCGAAACCGUCGACGAUGAUCCGUACGACUAUUGCGCCGCGGAAGAAGAGGCGGAGUGGCGCGCAGAGGGCGAGACCUGGUCGAUUCCAGACUUCUUUGAGGAACUGAAAGAGCAGUUUCGGCGGCUCAAUUUUAUCCCGCUCAGCGGCAGGAAGGUGGUUCAUGUGUGGAAAAUAUCUCCUCCCGACUACGAGGCUAUGCUUGUCGGGGUGCAGGACAUCUACCGUCAGCAUGCAUGGCCGGAUCUGGAGCGGUAUGAUAAGAAUGAGUGCCUGAAGGCUGUCGCGAAGUUUAUCGAGGAGGACUACGCUCAAUUCACGCCUUAGGGUGGGGGUCUGACUUGGUCUACUGUGGUACCCCCCAGAAUUUACUCAAAUCGCCACCUCGCGCGGACAAA